AGUGCGAGCACAGUGAGCAGGAGAGCAGGCGGGCACACAGUCCUCGUGCCAGGCUCGGUUUAUUUCCCGCGAUAAAAAUAUUAAAACUGGAUAUAUCACACACAGCGCUUUUUUCCUGAGUGCUGCUGUCAUCUGGGCCCAUCUUCAGCUGUACUCGAACUCUUCAGGCUCCAGUUAAACAUGUCAUCUUCAUAUGCUGCUGCUAUAUCAGCCCUACUUUCAGCCAGCUCUUCCAAUCCACCCGUCAUACCCAGCCCUCACCCCUCCCCAGAUACAGCAGGGAGUCCUAAAUCUUCCCCCACGCCCAGCAGACCUGCCCACUGCCCUACAGCUGUACAGACAAGUCCCCGUUCACCUGAGCCUGUGGGAUUGUUCGACGAGCAACAGGAGAAUCCUGCAGACUAUGGCAUUGGUGGUUACUACCCUGUAGAGAUUGGAGACAUUUUCGUAGACCGUUACCAAGUGGUUAAAAAGUUGGGAUGGGGCCACUUCUCUACUGUGUGGCUCUGCUGGGAUAUGGUGAAGAGCCGCUUUGUGGCUCUGAAGGUGGUGAAGAGUGCUCAGACAUUCACAGAGACGGCACUGGAUGAGAUCAAACUUCUGAAAUGUGUUAGGGACAGUGACCCCAAAGAUCCAAAACGUGAGACAAUUGUGCACCUCAUUGAUGACUUCAGGAUCACUGGAGUGAAUGGAGAGCAUGUGUGCAUGGUUCUGGAGGUGCUGGGCCACCAGUUGCUGAGGUGGAUUGUCAAAUCCAACUACACUGGCCUCCCCCUGCCCUGUGUUAAGAGCAUCCUCAGACAGGUUCUGCAGGGUUUAGAUUACUUGCACACUAAAUGCAAGAUUAUCCACACAGACAUCAAGCCAGAAAACAUCCUCCUGCGAGUGGAUGAGGUUUACAUUCAGAACCUGGCGGCCGACACCAAGCUGUGGCAGCUGCCAGUGUCCUCCGGUUUCACCAGCUCCACAGUGAACAAAAGCCUCAGAGAAAAACAGAGUUUGUCCAGCUUGUUGGGGAAGCUGACUGGGGUUUUCCACACUCUUGGGGAGUGGUCCAGCAAGGUCUCCGGGAGCCCCAUUAAGCGACUGACAAGAAAAGACAGGAGUCGACGGGGACAGGAGAGUGCGUCUGGCCACAAUCAAAAGGACCAACUUCAUGUGUCGUUCUCUGAUGCCACUGCUCCUUCUAGCACCAGUAGCUCCAUCCGUCACUCUAAGCUCUCAGGUCCUAACCUCACUUUAAAGAGGCAGACAGUGCUGUUGGAAGAUGGACUGGACACGUCUCCACGCAGCCACAGACACUCCAUAUGCACGUGGCCAGACCUCAACACAGAUGGUCCUGUCUCUGGCUCUAGGUCGGUGUUAUUGCAUCAGACUGCAGACAAAGAGCUGCCCCCUCCUUCGCCAUCCAAUCCCCGUGUUAUCAGAGAUUCGGAUGUUGUUCUAGACCUACUAAAGCCUCAGAAUGCUGAUAAAAUCCUCAUCAAGAUUGCUGACCUGGGCAAUGCCUGCUGGGUGCACAAACACUUUACUGAAGAUAUCCAGACGUGUCAGUAUCGCUCUGUGGAGGUUCUGAUUGGUGCUGACUACGGCACACCGGCUGAUAUCUGGAGCACUGCCUGCAUGGCUUUUGAGCUGGCCACUGGGGACUACCUGUUUGACCCCCAAUCAGGAGCCACGUUCUCCCGCGAGGAAGAUCACAUUGCCCACAUUAUGGAGCUGCUGGGAUCACUUCCAUGCCAGUUCGCUCUGUCAGGAAGAAAUUCCAAGCGAUACUUCAACCAUAAAGGACUACUGCGACACAUCUCAAAGCUGAAGCCGUGGGGCUUGUUUGAGAUUCUGCUGGAUAAGUACGAGUGGCCACGUGAGGAAGCCACCCAAUUCAGCUCUUUCCUCCUGACCAUGUUGGAGCUGCUGCCAGAGAAAAGAGCCACAGCUGCCCAGUGUCUGAAACACCCCUGGAUUAACUCCUAGACACAUCAGCUCUGUCUUGUUCAGAGCCCAGUGGACUAGUUCUUAGGAGCAGGCUUGCACACAUUGCACAUGACAUGGACUCGGACAGCUGUGGGAAAACAGCGGUAGUCUGGUGCUGGCAUCAUGAGCACAGUCUGAGAAAGAACCUUUUCCCAGUUGGGUUGCUUUGUCUUUUAGUAUUUUAAUGGCAGUCACAUCAAAUUCAGGCCUAGCAAUGACCAAAGAGAAGUUUUGUCUUACUGGAAGAUUGAAUUGUUAUGUGAUCACCAAGUUCUUGAAUUUCAAUAAACUGACUUAACACUG